AUGAUUGAAAUACGAAUCGAUUUUCAGUUCCUGCUGGCUAGACUUCCGAACGCCCCGCUAAUGUUUCCGAAAUUCAUACAGAAAAUUAUGAGCUAUUUUUGCAGCCUACCGAUUGCUCAAGGAGUCUGCACUCUGGACAUCGGUUUUAUCGAUGGCACGGAGAAAAUGUUUAACAGGACCCGAGUCGGCACUUACCUGUGCCAUAUGCCAGCCGCUACCUCAUCGAAGAACAUUCUGCACUGGAUUCAGAAAUUUCCACCUCACUAUGACUUGCGGAAAAUUCACACGCCAACCUAUCUUUAUUGGAGCAAAGAUGACAUCCUGGCCGAUACCGAAGAUAUACGAGAGGCCAUAUUGGAAAAGAUGAAUGCGACGAUUCGAGCAAGCUACGAGUUGCCGCAUUACUCACACUUGGAUUUCGUCUUUGGUGUAAACGCCACCCACGAUAUUUAUGGCCGCCUAUUAUCCGUGAUAUUCGAAAGGAUCUCGACUUAA